AUGGAACAACAGACUCUCAAUGGCUUGUCUCUCACGGGCUGUCCUCGGUGCAUGUUCCAAAAAAUCAAAACAUCGCGCAGCCCAGCCAUAUCCCUGGCAGUAUCGCAGCAAGGCCACAAAUUUGCGUCUGACGAAGAGAGGCGCUUGGUAUCUUCAAAGUUAUACCAGCCCAUCCACCCGUGGCAAACAAGAAUUAUCGUCAUCCAUCCAGGAGAGGCCGUUGAUCCUCUUGACUGUGAGCUGCAGACAGUUGACCUAAUCGCCAAAGAGGGCGUUGUGGUCCCGGCGUGGUCCUCCAUCGUUUUCUAUGAUGCGCUCUCUUAUAGUUGGGGCUAUCCGGAGCCCACGGCCAUGAUCAAAUGCAACGGAACCGAUGUCCCUGUGACCCAGAACAUGGUUGAAGCCCUCGUUUGUCUCCGAUACCGCCACGGAAGCCGCCACGUCUGGAUCGAUGCGUUUUGCAUCAAUCAGUUCGACAUUGCAGAGAAGUCGACCCAAGUUCAAGACAUGAUGCUGAUAUUCACGAAGGCUGAGCGCGUUAUCGUGUGGCUAGGGCUACCUUCAGUUGAAGAGUGUGCUACUUAUGGGUUGCUCGCUAUCGGAGCAGAGAAAGAGACCAUAGAAAAAGAGAACUCUCGCAACAAAACCAUCAAACACAUCAUCGACCUCGGGAGAUAG